AUGGAAUCUAAAGUUACUGUCCUAACACCCAACGGAAGGAGGCAAAAUGUUAAAAUUUCACCCAAUAUGACACUUUUGCAAAUACUCGAAGAUGUUUGCAGCAAACAUAACUUGUGCAGCGAUGAUUUCACCCUGAAACAUCACAACAAGGAAGUAUCGCUGGCACAGACAUUCCGAUUCAGUGGUUUACCCAAUAAUUGUCUGCUGGAAAUGUCAGAGGCGGAUAAAAAACGUACCGUGGCCAAUGUUGAUAUAUGCGUCCAAAUGGAAGAUGGUAGCCGCAAACAGGCACAAUUUAAAUCGACGUCAAAUUUAUGGUCAGUUCUAGAGGAAUUGGCUGCCGGAGAGCUGGAGAAAUAUGAUAGUCCCGUCAUAAUGUAUAUGCGUCAAGAUAUAAUGGGUAAAGAAAAAUUGGAAAAUACUACCUUGAAGUCAUUGGGUAUAUUGGAGGGACGUGCCCUGUUGCGUUUGGCCAACAAGAAGGUGGAGGAAUUGAAGACUCAAGCUAUGGUUUAUGCUCCACCUGCCCCCAAAGUUGAGACCAAGAAGGAUGAAAAUGAUAACGUAAAACCUAAAACUACCAAAUCGGCUGGUGGUGGUGGUGGCGGUUUUGCCAUUACUAAAGAUUUGGUGAAAUCUCUAAAAAAGGCUGCAGAACCAAAGCCUGAAACCAAAACCAAUGAGAACGAACAACAAGAAGAAGGAAGUACAGAAAAUUCAAAAACUGAAAAUACGACAAAAGAAGUGGCAAAACCAAAAUAUGAUUGGGGUGAUGCUCCCGGUAGAUCGAUGCAGGCAUCCAAAAAUAACAAGGAGCAAGAAGAGGCCAUAGAAGAAAUGGAACCAGAAAUUGAACCUGAAUAUCAUAUUAUUGGCGAUCGUAAUGCCUUGCUAUAUCAUCUCGAUGCAGCCCAAAGUCAAAUCGAAGAUUUACCUGAUUCAUUUUAUGAUUUAACGGUUAAUGAUCUCAAAUUGGUAUUACGUGAUUUACGUAAAAUUGCCACCGGUGAUGCCGAUGCGCCACUGCUAACGGAAAAAUUACGAGAAAUUGAAAAUAACAAUACAAUGCUGAGAAAAAUAUCACAAUAUAAAAAUUGUGCCAUACGCAUACAAUUUCCAGAUCGUCAUGUGUUGCAGGGUAUGUUUAAGCCAGUGGAUAAGGUGGCCGAUGUGCUGGAAUUUGCAAAGACAUUUUUGGUGAAGCCACAACAAUCGUGUUAUUUGUAUACCAUCCCGCCAAAAACUAUUUUGGAUUUGGACAAGACAUUAUUGGAAUUGGAUUUUGUACCCAAUGCUUUGGUGCAUUUCUCAACAGAGGAUGAAAACAACGAUGCAAUACUCCUGAAAGAAGAAUAUUUGAAACAAUUAACCAGUCCAGACGGGGCCUUGUUUGCAGCAAAUAAAUUUAGGUAA